AUGCCUGAUGAAGUUCCGUUCCUAUGGUCUCACCGGAAGAUUAAGGAUUUCCAUAGAAAUGAGAUCAUGUCAAUGGAAGCUGCUGGAAUCCGUAAGCAUGUCAUAAGAGAUGUUCUUCAAUGCAGAUAUGGAGGAUAUGACAAAGUUGGCAUUGUUACUAAGGAUAUUUACAACUAUUGUUCCAAGAACAAGAGGUCAAGAAUCGCAGAAGGUGAUGCAAGGACAGUUCUAGGUUUGCUGCUGAAGAGGAGGAACACCGAUCCAGAUUUUUACUUUGAUUAUAAAGUAGAUGAUGACAGUCGUCUGAUGAGCUUAUUUUGGUGCGAUACUCAAUCUCGUAUGGACUACCAAUCAUUUGGUGACGUGGUCGUCUUUGACAGCACUUAUCGGAUGAAUAGGUAUAAGAUGCCAUUUGUCCCAUUUGUUGGGCUGAACCAUCACCGCAACACAACUGUUUUUGGUUGUGGCAUCAUUUGUGAUGAGCGGGCUGAUUCGUAUAUAUGGGUUCUCCAAGCAUUUCUGAAAGCAAUGUGUCAGAAGAAACCACAAUCAGUAAUUACUGAUGGCGAUUACUCCAUGAUUAAAGCUAUUCGGCAAGUGCUUCCUGGUGUAAGUCAUCGCAUUUGUUCAUGGCACGUGGAGAAAAAUAUUCUGAAGCAUUUGCAUAGCAACUGUUUGGAUGGGUUCCGCACACUUUUGUAUUAUGCUAGUUCAGAAACAUUUGAAGCCAGAUGGAAUGCCUUUCUUUCAGAGUACGAGACUGCAACAAAUAGAGAAUGGCUUGCAAUGAUGUACAAAAAUAGAAAACUAUGGGCUGCUGCUUUUCAAAGGGACAAGUUUUUCCUGGGUAUGAGAAGUAAUCAGAGAAGUGAAAGUCUCAAUUCCAGUCUUCAUAGGCACCUGGACAUAUAUAUGUCAUUACUUGACUUGGUUGAGCACUAUGAGAACUGCGUAUCGCGCCUUCGUGAAACUGAGCAUGAAUUAUUGAAGAUUAAUGAUUAUCAUAUACAUGAUAGGAUUAUUGCUAUGGGUUCAUCAAGAUAUUUUCUAGUACACAAUGAGAAGAAGAAAUCAGUGUUUGAGGUGGACUACUGGUCUGAUACUUCAGGCCACACAAUUCACUGCAGCUGCCGUAAGAUGGAACUUUUUGAUCCAAUUAUUGCUGCCACCAAAGGUGCACCCAGGAAGAAUAGCAAUGUGCCAAACAAUUCGAACGUAGAUGGUUUGUCCAAGAAGAGGUACAAAUCAUUUGUUGAGAAACGGCAGUACAAGUGCACUCUAUGCAAGCAGCAGGGCCACAACAGAAAGACAUGUGAGAAACAAGUGCAACAAGGGUGCGACUGA